CCAGUUUUCACGCCAAGGAUGACGUGGCUUGCCGUACGAUCACUUUUCACUAGUGAAAAACAUCGUUCGUCCAAUCAGACGCCACGAACGAUGUUUUUUCACUAGUGAAAUUUCAUCAUUCGCGUCGCUGAUUGGCUGUGACUAAAAACAGAACGAUUUUUUCAUCACUGUCAUCUCUGUGGAUAAAUCUCAGUACUUAUAAAAUAAAUAACGCUCCCAAACUUGAGUUAAGAACUAAAGUGAAAUGCAUGUAAGGAUUUAGAAUUUAACAAAGAUAACGUUAAAUGAAAACAACUUCUCGUGAACUUAAUGCAUAUUACUUGUCUGUUGGUGGUAAGCAGUAAAAUGUAAGUCACACUUGACAAGGUGCCCUUGUUGCUAUGUUGUCACUGUAAAUCAGUCGAUGACUAAAGUUGAUUCACUGAGUUGAGUUGGAGUUUAUUUUCACAGUGUAACAGCAUGUUUUGUUUUGCACACCGAAUAAGAGUUAUGAUAUAGAGAUUUAUAAUUAAUAGAUGGAAAUUGCACGAUUUUUACCGCCUCAAUAGUCAGAGCGAAAAUAAAGUCACAUUUGACAAAGCGUCUUCCCUGUUAUAUUGUUGUCAAGAGGGUUCGUCAAGUGGAAUGGAGUUGAUUUUACCGUGAAAAACCCUAUAUAGCACGUGAAAUUGAAGGUUAUACAGGUUAGAUUAAUAAUUCAUUGAUUUAACUGACGUGAUUUUGACCCUAAGUAAAAGUAAUGGUCGCACUCGACAAAGCGUCUUUGUUGUUAUGUAGGGCUCGUAUCGUUGUUGUCAAUCGUCAUCGAUUCUGAAAUGCAGUUCAUUUUACUAUAAUACGCCAUGUAUCAUACAUGAAAUUAAAGCUUGUGAAGGCCAGAUUUAUAACAUAUUGAUUUAACGGACACAAUUUCGACCCUAAGUAAAAAUAAUGGUCGCAUUCGACAAAGCGUCCAUUUGGUUGCACCAUUGUGAACAAUGAAAAUCGCCGAACAAAACCAAACGAUUACCGACCAAACAACAGCGCAUCGAAAUCCUGCAUAAUUUAGUAUGUUUAAUACAUCUGUUUAGUGAUAAAUUACAUUGAACAUAAAACAUUGUUAGUGCUGGAUUAUAUCUAACACCUGUAUGUUCAGUACGUCAGUAUAACUUCAACAGAGCGUUUGUCUAUAAUUCAGACCGUAAUUAUUAAGACUUCAGCUUAUUUGCAAAGUCACUCAAGUAGAUCAAUGUUCUUGUUUAUUACAAAGUCCUUGCUUGCUUUUUUAAGUUUGACUUAUUGUUAUGCAAUUUCAAAACACCGCAGUGAGAAGAUCACAAGUCUUGGUUUAUUGUUACAUUUUCUUUUUAUGUUAUUGCAAUUAGAACUUACUUAAAAAGUGUGCACGGGUUCUUUGUUUAAACAAGUGAGAAAAUCAUCAGUUUGAGCUCUUUGUUUCUUUGACAAAAAGGAAAAAAAUUAUGUAAUUUCAAAACACCGCAGUGAGCAGAUCACAAGUUGUGGUUUAUUGUUUUUCUUUCUACGCUAUUGCAGUCAGAACUUAAAGUGCACAUGGGUUCUUUGUUUAAACAAGUAAGAAAAUCACAAGUUUGAGUUCUUUGUUUCAUUUCAUUAACCACUCCAAACCAUUCAUUUUCCAUUCCAUGCAAUUUUGAUUUCUCCAGUGUGUAUAUAAGGUGCUGUCAUCUUGAAGUAUCCAUAAUCGCUUUCAUUGGUCGAGGAAUUACACUAGAUCAGAUAAUGUUCGUAAUGGCAGACUUUUGUAUAGAAUGUUCACAGCCUCUAUAUUUACGCACGCGAAAGAAAAAGCGAGCGAAGCACAUGUUUUGCGCUGGGUCCAGUUCUCGCGUGAUUCUAUCCACGAGUAUGAUAAAAUAAAAAUACGAGAAAAUAGAGGGCUGUGAACAGUCUAACUUUCGUAUCACUUGCGAAGCACUUGCAAGACCCCGUCAGGAGGCGUUCAGUAUGAUGGCUAUAACAGGUGAAUAAAAUACUUUAAGAGUAAAUUUUGUGUUUUGUUACUUGCAUAUGUGUAGCGCUACAGGGCCCUGAAGCAGUUGUCCAUUUCGUUAAGGGUUGAUGCCAUUUUUGCAACACUUAGAAAUUUCUACAAAUGGCAUCGACCGUAAACAGAAAUCAGCUGCGGUGAUUUUUUUGGGUGUCUUUAAAACACGAAGUGGUGAAAUGAGGAAAUGGCACUUAAAAAUGUGAGAUACGGUUAACCCAUACAAUUAUUGAGAGCUAACCACCUUCAAGUCAGUGAUCUUUAGGCUAACUGAAGCGCUAUUUAGGCUAAGCAAAGCACUGUUUAAGCUAACUGGAGUGCCAUUUCGGCAUUUACGUCAUCAUCAUACCUCAUUCUUUCAUAUUGACCUGCGCGAAGACGUAGGACCAAGUUUUGUGUCAAAAAUGGCACCCAAAACAAUGGAACAGAUCGAGCGAUGCAAUAAGUCAGCAUAAAACUGAAGGAAACAACUACAAACAAGCAACGUGCAUGGAACAACAACGUGAAACGACCGAAUAGAGUAAACUAGAGAAAAUGAAGAUAUAAAAAAUCGAUUUUUUAUGUAAGCUAAUUUAUUAUUUUUGAUCGUUCGUAAGCUUAUCGUUUUUCGUUUGGAUCUCGGGUGUUUUGUAACUAUCUUUCUAUCGAAGGCGUUAUAUCUUAAUGGUAGGGGGCAUUGUGUCUUAUAGGGGUCGUUAUGUCUUGUAGUUGGGGGGCGUCAUGUCGGGGGCGUUAUAUCUUGGGGGCGUCAUGACCGGUUACCCGAUUCAAUAUUUCUAUAGCUUCUCUACGAAUCAGCUGUUUUGUCGCUGAAACUCGCCCGUACGAAGUGAACUCCCGAAGACUCGCGAAAACGUAGCUUACCACUAAAUUAUCUUAGAAAUUAUGAGCGUGCUGCUAACAUACACGAUGGCAAAAACAGUAACUGAAGUUGGCCUGUCUAUAAAAACGUAAACAUGACAAACAUGGACGUCCGAAGUACAACGGGAUCAAACUAGAGAUUUAUCUACAGGUUAAUAAACUGUAACAGGCAAUUAAAACCAUCAUAAUGCAUUGAACUCUACAACUUAAAACUGUAAUUCAGUUUUUUUAACUCUUACCAUGGCAAAUAUUUCCUGUUUCAGCCAGGCUAUGUUCAGCUGGUAGUUCAGCUGUGUUGUUCUCUGCACAGUUCCGCUCACCAGUCGCGUGGGCUAGUCCUGCAUGUCCCAAAAGGGCAGCAUGUUUCGCGCGCGGCUCCACGCAACAACGAAAAGGCUCUUGGGAAGAAGCGUUUUGGCGGGAAUGAUUUUCAAACAAGAAGAGCGCCAGUAGAAAGGUGAGUUUGGAAAUUGUUAUCUUUUAACCAGUCUCUUGCGGUAGGCCGCGCAAAAGGUCUUUCUUCCAUUCGAUUUUAACAGAUUAGAGUAUUUAAAAUGAAGUCGAUAAGACUUUCUUUUAAUCUGGAAGCAUCUCAAGGACGCUUUUCAUCGUGAAGUCAGCAAAGCGAUGUUUAGUGUGUGGAAGAUUCCAUCGUGGAGACAUUUGCAGAGCUGCGAUGUGUCGAAUCUCUACGUUGGUACAAUGCCGUUCUUUCCGUUUUCCCAGCAGAUAUCAGUGCUUCAAAUUUUCCCUGUCAAGCUCAGUUCUAAAAGCUACAAUGAUUGGGUCGAAGUCAAUCGGACCAAAUACAUCGACGUCUCCACAACUUGUUAUUGUGGAAGGAAACAUUGGGGUUGGUAAAUCAACUCUAGCGUGCCAGCUGGCAAGACAGUUAAACUAUCGUGUGUUCCUGGAACCCACAACAAAGAAUCCUUACCUAGCUAAGUUUUACCGUGACCCAAAGAAGUACGCCUUGAAAUUACAACUUUGGAUCUUCAAUCAGCGAUUCAGAACUUACAUCAAUGCCACCAAACAUAUUCUUCAAACUGGUCAAGGAGUACUAUUGGAUAGAUCAGUUUUCAGUGAUGCAGUAUUUGCUGAAGUGAAUUAUCAGCAAGGGACCAUCUCUCCAGAAGGUUAUGAGUACUACAAAGACUUGAAGAAGCAAGCUUUAAAGGCAGUCCUGGUUCCUCACACCACCUUAUAUCUCGAUGUUCCACCUGAGACAUGCAAUGAACGUAUACGUGGGCGAGGAAGGGACUAUGAGAGUGGGAUUCCAUUAGAAUACCUUAAAGGACUUGAUGCAUCUUAUAAAACAUUUUUAAAUGAAAUGAGAAACCUUGGCUCUAGGGUUAUUGAGUACAACUGGACAGACUUUGGUUAUAAGUUUGAGGUGGCAGAGGACAUCAAAAGAGGUCACAUCUCCAGAUGGAGUCAGGAGGACCUAGGUCUCUUUAACAAACUAGUAUUAGAUGAGUCACGGGUAAAGGAAGUGUUGACAUUAGAUCGCUCUGUUCCAGAAGCAGUUAUCAGUGAGGAUGAAGAGGAAGAACCUUCUGUGACAGCAGAAGCUCAGCUCCAGAUUAAACCAAAACAAUGUACCAUAAACAAGAAAUUAAAAAAUUUAACCCAACAUUCAGUGCCUCCUGUGGAGGAAAAUUAACUGCAGUAGUUGUUUUCACAUUACCAUCCUAGAGAUACUUAUUACAAAAGAACUGUGCAAAACAAGGGAAUGUUAGAAUAGUUUGUACCUUCAAAUGGUACCUGACCUCAAAACGAAAAUUUUAAAUCACCAGUUUUUAGUGAGAAAAAGUUCUUAACAUUGUUUCUAUGGGUAUCAUUCCAUCUAUAUCUGUCUGUAAACCCUCACACUUGUUUGCUUGACACAUGUAUUCAAUAGGUAUAACAGGGAAGAACAUGGUAUAACCAUUGACUAUUUUGGGUUUUCUUUUUCUUAUUACUGCCAUUAGAUUUUAUGACAUGGUAUGUUUGCCCAAAAAAAUGUAUCCAAAAAGGCACAGCAUUGAACAUUCAAAAUGUACGGCUUAUAUUUGUGUCAAAUUUUCUUCUUUUAUUUGAAAGUGCAAAUCUGUUCUUACUAACAGUAGAGUUUUUCUUUAGUAUUUAAGAUAUUGUUUCUUUCUGAUUACAACUACCUUGUUCUAUAAAUUGUCAUUGAUGAAAAAAUGUUAAUUAUUUAUUAAAAUAAAUACUUCUACUCAAAACUGCUGACGAUCACCAGAAUUCAUUAUAUUAUUUCACACAAAACUGCUGGCUACGAUCAAAAUGUUUUUGGCAUGCCCCUGCAUUACUGAUAAAGCUUUUUUAAAAGAUAAUGUGUUACUUGAUGACAUUGGAAUAUCUUUCAAGUUAUUUUAUACUUAAAAAUAAUUAGGAUACCGGUAUUACUAGCAACAAUGCUAUAUAUUAAUGUAUUUAACUGCUUUUGAAUUUCACAAUGAAUUCCAGAUUUUACAAUAAUUUUAUUGGGAUGUUAUGAUGCCACUCAUCAAAAUAUUGCUAUUUACUAGCAUGCAAGGAGCUUCUUUCCAUCAACAAGAGAAAGUGGCCACAUAGAGUAGCCACUUGCACAUAUACAUUGAUAACAUACAUUUACACUGAUAAUUGAAUAAAGAUGGUGGAUUUCCACUUACACUGUUUUACAUCAAAUAUUCCUAUUGCAUCUUUUGUAUUGUUUGUGAAAAUAAAGUCUUUUGUACAUAAACCUCAAUCUUGUUUAGUUCAUACAUUUUAGCACCAUUUUCCAGCUCCUGUUACUACUUUUGGUGCUCUGUGAGUAAAAUUGUCAAAAUUUGUCAAGUAAUAAGACUCUUUUACCAAAAAUAUGGUUAUACCCCUUCCCAUUUAGUUAACAUCUUUACAGAUAAAAUGGCCACCUCGUCAAGAUGUCUUUCUCAUGCUGAAAACUAUCUCCCUGUUUUUUAGAUACAGAUCUUACAUAGCACAUUACCAGAUUCAGUGUACUUUAUACAACCCAUCUUUCACUGCCACCACCACAAUAAUUGUUUAGUUCUUUUGCCAGUGAUGUUUGUUUCAAAGGCAGUAAAAUGAGGGAUGAAAGGAAACUUCUGGAAGACAAACCCAGAGUCAAACUACACUCUAAUCAAAACACUACAGCCACUUUACAACUUCCUGAUUUAGUAAACGGAAUUUGAAGAUAAGAAUUGUGGCACAAGCCACACAAAGUAACAACUUGCAAUACCCCCAAAAAAGGGGGAGAAUGGAUGGCAGUGUGGUGAGAUCACUUGCCUCCCACCAACGUGGCCUGAGUUUAAAUCCAGGACCUGGCAUGUUUAUUGUUGGUUCUCACCUUCCUCCAAGGUUUUUUCUCCAGUUUUCCUCCCUCCACAAAUUCAAAUUUGGUCAGGAAACAGCAGAUGAAAGGUCACUGCAAACUCAUUGAAAAUGAACGAUUUAUUCCAUAAACGCAACAAAAUUUAUAACAAUAUUCAUCUGCUCUUCGACCCGAACGUCCAGCUCACGUUUUUUUUUUUACAACAUGUCAUCACUCGGACCUAGUCUCCACUCGGUAAAUAGGCAACGCGCCUUACACAAAAUGAACACAAAAUUUCAGUUCGGAACACUCAUAGUUAUGGGUUUAUUUAUAUAAUUAUUUAUCUUAAAAGGUUAUCAGGGAUUCACUUGACCAUAGAAUUAAAGGAUGAUGUAUAUGUUAGUUAAAGUGCAUAAGAUGUUUAGUGAUGAACAGGGUGAAGAGAAUGGGUAACCCAGUAGUUUCAUCAUUGCAUAAGAAAUAGUCUGUGUGAUAACAGCCAGGGUCUCUGUGUAAUAAAGAGUAACUUACAGUAAGAGGGAUCUUUCUAAAGGUUCACCUAUCUUGUUUGAUUUACGUGUUAAAAUAUACAGUCGAACCCCACUAUUUCGAACUCUGGGGAAACAAAAAAUAGUUUGAAAUAGCCAAUAGUGAAUGACUGAAGAGCAGUUCCAAGGGAAAUUGUUUUGAGCUCAAAAUAACGGGGAAUUCGAAAUAAUCGAGUUCAAAUAAGUCCAGUCUAACUGCACUUCACAAUGGUCUCAUAGUCUGAACUGAUUUUCUGAGACAAACAAUGCAGAUGUACAUUUUGUAAAAGAAGCUCAAGUAAGUUCUGUUACAGCAUCUUGUUUUUGUGUUAAAUGCAUUAAAUGGAACCAGUUAUUCCUGGAAAGCAACAUUCUUUCUAAACAACCCCACCAAACAGACAAAAUUUUAUGGCAUAUCAAUACCCAUCCCACCCCUGAAAAUGACCAAGCAAUCAAAUUUUAGUCUUACUAAAAUUUCUUUGAUUUUCUCAGAUUAAUAAAUUUCAUUGCAAAUGACAUAUUCUUUUUGAACUCAAUAAAACACUUAUUUCAUAUUGUACAUAACACUAACAAUGGAUCAGUUACAACUUUAAAUCAUUCAGACUCAUAACCAGAUCAUCCUUGUACUGCUCGUACAUUUAAUACUUUUAAUGCUGUCUUACGCCAGGUUCAUACGUCGCAUUUCUGCCGCAUCAAAUUCAAUUCAACGAAUUAAAUUCGACAGAAAUUCAACAUCUGA